ACUUCCACAGCAAAAAUAAGAAGCUUAAUCAUCGUUUCAAGAAGUGUGAGAUAAGAGAGAGAUGGAAUUAGCAAGUAGAGCAAUGAACAUCGUCAACAGAUUGUUAAACAGCAACACUUUCGUCAACAUUUGUUUACUGGGUUCUUUCACAGCUCUUGGGGUCAGGUCUAUGAACCAAGAAAACUUAAUUGAAGCCCUAGAAUCCGAGAAACAAGCUAUUGCAGACUCCAACAAAGCUAUGAAAAAAUCAAUUUGGGAUUGGAAACAGAAGCUUUACGCUGAUGCUUCUUCCCCUGAAACCGCCAUUGUUCCUCUUUCUCGCCUUAAAGCCAUCUAUGGUGAAGUUGUCGCCAUCCCUUCUGAUGCAGAGGAAGCAGCAGAACCAUCUACUAAGCUUCUUAUCUGAAGUUGCUAGCUGAGUUGUCGGGAGCAACAUUUUAAUUCAUAGGAGAUGGGGAUUUACAAUUCCUGUAAUCAAUGCUGCCUAGUAUGCACAACGAUACCUUUCAUUUGUUGGGUUGCUGAUAUGAGGGAUUUUUGUAUAUUUUGGAACUUGAUCUUUGUGCAAAGAUGCAGAAUUUGGCUGCAUUUCUUAAAGAUUAGGUUAAUCUUCCAUAUAUUAUACCAACGAGAACUUUUUACAAUGGUAUCGUGUUCAUUACUUGAUAGGCGUGAUCCUUGUCCAAAUCAAAGCAAAAGAGGUUCUUGGUU